CGAACGUGCUCCAACGCAGAACUCCUCGUCCUCACAUUCACACUGUCGAACACAGCGAGAGCUGCACCGUUGGGGAGUAUAUCCGAUCCAUCACUAGCGCUCGAUACCAGCCCUCAGCGCUCUCAAGCGCCUCGCUUGCGGUCUGAUCCGACCAUCAUCGCCAAGGUCAGCUGCCCCGACCACAUGGAGCACGCGGAACUCUCCGAUAUUAUAGACCGGCGCAGCUGCACGACCCGUGUUUCAGCGCCCGGCGGCAUCUUUAGAGGCUAGUGGCGCCGUAAGCUGCAUCAACGUUGCGAUGGACACCACCCACUCCACCAUGAAGCCCCGCACACCCCUCUGGCGCCGGAUCCUCGGCCACAUCGCGGCUCAGUGGAACCUGCUCGCAAUGGGCGUCCUCAUCGCACUCGCUUACGUCUUCCCCCGCGUCGGCAUGACGGGAGGCGCGCUGCGCGCAGAGUACACCGUGACCUGGGGCGGUGUGGCGCUCAUCUUCCUCAUUGCUGGCCUUUCCCUCUCGCUUGACGCCCUCAAAUCCGGCCUGCCACAUGUACAAGCGCACGUCGUCUGCGCGGGCUUCACGUACCUCGUGGCGCCGGCGCUCGCAUUCGGGUUCGGCACAGCCGGCCGCGAUGCCGGCCUCGACGUCUACGUCAUGGGCGGGAUGGUAGUCACUGGUGGCUUGCCGACGACGGUCGCGAGUAAUGUGAGCGCGACACUCGCUGCGGGCGGGAGCACCGCCCUUGCCAGCAUCGAAGUCCUCCUCUCCAAUACGCUUGGUCCGUUCAUCGCGCCGCUGCUGGCGAAGAUGUUCCUCACGCCCCAAAUGGGGUGGGACGAGGCCCGGCCCGGUCGUGGCGACCUCACCCCCAUCUACGUCCGCAUGGCGAAGCAGCUCAGCGCCGCCCUCCUGGGACCUAUGCUCGUCGGUCUGUUUAUUCAGCACCUCUUUCCGCGGCCCGUCGCGCGCAUCCGUACUGUCCUACAUCUCGCCAAGGUCGCCGCGUUCCUCACUAGCCUCUGUGUGUGGCACAGCUUCAGCAAUGCGUUUGCGUCGGGCGCAUUCCUCACAGCCUCCCACGCCUCCAUCAUCUAUCUGUGCUUCAUGAGCUGGGCAAGCUAUCUCAUCCUUACCGCGCUCGUUUUCCUCGUCGUUCGCCUGCCCGGGAUCCCCGGAACGGCGGCGGCGCGUUGGCGCAUGAGCAAGCGGGACAGUCUCGCUCUGCUAUUCUGCGGGCCGGCCAAAGGCGUUGCCGUCGGUGCCCCCACCAUCGCGAUCCUGUACGCAGACCGAAAACUUGCGGUGCAAGCCAAGCUCUCGCUGGCGCUCGUAAUAUACCAGGGGGAGCAAGUGGCGAUGGCGCAGGUCGUUGUCCCCCUCUUGCGCUGGUGGGCCAGGGAUGAGGUGGCUGCGCACGAGGCGGCCGAGGCGGAGCGACUGCGCGCGCGCGAGAUUGCAAAGACUCGCGGUGAGCAGGGCGUGCUGGAGGGAGAGAAGGGGGUCGCGACCGGGACUGAGGAUGUCGAGCGCGGCGAGGCACGCCAUCGGCAGUUGAGUAUCGAUGAGCAACUGGCUGUGCAGCGCUAGGUACAGCAUUGCCCAACGUGAGGACCACUGUCCGUCAACCUCUCCGAUAGUGCAGAGCUUGAGGCGAUGCUCUGUCACUGAUGUGCGCGUCGAUGCCACAUAUAAGGCAGGACCAACACCGAUCUCAGAGAGUGCUCAAGUAACAAAUUUAUUUGUAGCUAUAGUGUGGUUCAUUUGCAUCUUUCAUCAGACC